AUGGAUGAAACUCCGAAAGGCCACGCGGUGGAGCAAUGUUCGUUGGGCAACGAAGAUGUUGGCGUCUCAGCAGUUCAGACAGAAGCUACAGAGGAGACUAUCACUGGAGAAAAAAAUCCCUGCAUUAUUAUUAUUCGAAUUGUCGUUGAAGUCUGGCCUCAUUUUCCGUUUAUUUGCCUUUUCACUGCUCACCAAAGAUCUGGCAAGACUGCCCUGUCUCUUGCUGCUAUUGCCGGAAAUCUAGGAGCUCUGCAUGCACUUUUGGGUUACAAUACUGGCAUAGCAGAUAUGCCAGACACGACAUUCAAAGAGGCCUUGGAGAAUGGCAAAGGAAAUGUCGUGGAAGUAUUUGUGCAACAACCUGAACUCAGACAGAAAUUCGCCAAUGCCGACUACAUUCUUCUAGCGAUUGAACCAUUGAAGGGCAUGAAUGAAGAGAAAAUCAAAGAUACUGAGAGAUAUAACCAACAAGUGGAGGUCGUCAAUGCUCUGAUCAAAGCUGCUGACCAGCAGAGUAUAACUGAUGAAAGGGUUAUCGCGAAGAUAAUCCAGCUCGACUUGGAGAAUGUUUGGGCCGAAAAUGAAACCAUUUUCAAGUCGGACACAUCUGGAUUGCUUCAUCUCGCUGUCCAGUACCAAAAAACUGGAUUUGUGAAGAAAUUUCUCCAAUACGAUGAGUUGGUCACUGCUCAGAGUCAUAAGCAUCAUGCACUCUGGCACAACAAUAAUAUUAUGGAAGGUUCUACGUCUACUCAUCGCGUGUUGAAAGAUGAGGAUAGCAAAAGAAUCCAAAGAGAGAUUCGCAAUCUCUUAGUUGCAGCGAUUAUUAAGAGCAAACACGUACGCAAAAUGCAGGAUUUGCUUGAGGUUUUCCAGUUGUCUGACGAUCGACUUGUGAAUCCUCAUGAUGAGGUCAUUAUAGGCACCUAUGUGAAACAGUUUGAGGUGGAAGUUCUCAAUUGGAGAUUACUAGAUCUGUCUAUAUCGAUUUUCAAGAGUUCGGAACCUAGCGAAAAUGAUGCACUGCAACGAAUCCGAGAGCUUCAUCUUUAUACCAGCGGCAAGCGAGCAGUAAUUAACCAUUGGUUAAGCGAGAAUGGGAUCCGCACCCUUACGAAUGACUUGGCGAGUAGAGAAAGAUGCCGCGCCACCGCCACUUUUAUCGAAAACGAAUUUGGCAAGCUGAGCAAAGAAAUAAACGAAGAACGGGAAAAGAUGCGCCAAGAGAAGUGUAAGAACACACCAAACGCUCAGGACACUCAUGAUGCCUAUGAUACUUGGAAGCUCACAGUCGGUGUUAAUACCCGGCCGUGGAAUCCGACAGAGGAAAGAGACGCAGACUUGGGAGAGAUAGCUGAACGGGCUGUCCCGAAGCUAUCUCGGUUUAUCAAAGGCUACCAGACCUAUUUGACACUCCUUCAGCUAUCUCAAACGCCGCUAAAUAUUUUUGAAACCCCAUCUGCUCUUAAUUUGACAGAGUCCUCGGACAUCACCAGCAUUGCUCCAAACGGAUACCAAACCGGGAAAGACGGCGAAUACAAGACUUUGUGGUCACGCAUCAAGAAAGGCCGAUCUUUUGUAGACGACGAAUCCCGCGUUAGUUCCUGGCUAUUUGCGUCGGAUCCGCAUGGAACUCAGAUGGCAAAUCUAAUCUGUGCCAUUGAUCCUUGCUGUGAUCUUUACGUGGCCAAGGUCGCUGAAGGGAGAUCUGGAAUCAUCCCGGCGCGAGUUGAGCGAGUGAGUCAAGAUUUGAGCUGA